UACGAUUCAUUAUUGCAUAAAUUACCUAACGCUCAGUUUACUGAAGAAGUACUUCUAACAUGAUCAAUAGGGCAGCCGAGUAUGUGAAGCAGAGCAAAUUAUCCCAAACGGGCGCGAAGAAGUUUACCAAGCACAUCCAGGAGACGGCCACCUGGAGGGAUAAUUGCAACGUUUUGGAUAUUGGAUGCGGUCCAGGAAAUGUCACCUACGACUACAUUUUGCCAAUUCUACCCAAGUGUACGAACUCAAUCGUCGCGAUCGACAAAAGGGCCUACCUCGUGGACUACGCCAACGAACGGUACGGUGGCAAAAAGUCCAAGAUCGAAUUCAAACAUCUUGACAUUGUCAAAGACGUCACAACCCUCAACCAGUACGCCAACUACUUCGAUCACAUCUUCUCGUUCUACUGUCUUCAGAACAUCCUGGAUCACGAGACGGCUUUGAAGAACAUCUUCAAGAUCCUCAAACCUGGGGGAGACUUGUACUUCCUAUACGACGCCCACAACAAUCUCUACGACGUUUGCGAGUACCUACUAAGAACGCCCGAGUGGGAGCCGGUCCUGCACGACUACAAAGACAGCUUGUACGACUACCACGAUUCGGCGACUCCAAAGCAGGACCUCGAGGAGCUUCUGGUCAAGGUCGGCUUCGAACAUGUCUACUCAACAAUCGAGAAUCAAGAGAUUCUGCUACCAAUGGAGACGAUGACAGAGUUCGCCAUCGCGCAGGCACCAUUCGACAUACCUCCAGAGCUCGAGCGGAAAUUUGGGUUAGACGGCGUGGAUGCAGUCAGAACGUUGAAGAUGAAUCGCUUCGUCGAAGGGCGGGAGUUCUGUCUCUCGCAGUUUCAGGAACUUUUUGGGCACCACCGCAAACCAAUCGAUGCACUUUAAGCCAAUUCUUUCAGGAUCCACUUUAACCGGCGAAGGAUUUAGCUAAAAGAAGUGUGCAGAUUGGUACCGAUUUCCUUUUAUUUAAACAUUAAACGUUUGCAGAAAUUG